GUGACUCCGGGGACGCCCUCAUCCUGUGGCCACCAGAGACAUUAUAACAAGAGCGUUACUUUCCGGCCACUCGGCGCCGAACUUUUCCUGCACUUGACACACAUUCCCUGGGUCCUGGAUAAAGCCAUGGCGACUGAAAACCUGGAGCUGAACGGCGAUCCUAUGAGCGGCAGCAGAGAUGUGGGUGUGGGUGAGAAUCUGCGUGGGGGACGAAGACAGUCCAUCAACUUUAAUCACUAUGCCAACAAGAAGAGUGCCGCAGAAAGCAUGCUGGAUGUUGCCUUGUUGAUGGCCAAUGCAUCCCAGCUCAAAGCAGUGGUUGAUCAAGGGUCUGCCUUCAACUACUAUGUGCCACUCAUCAUUCUCAUUAGCAUAUCACUCAUAUUUCAGAUAAUAGUGGGCAUCUUAUUGAUAUUCAUUGUCAAGUAUGAUCUGAAUGACCCCAGGAAGCACACCAAGCUCGAUAUUCUCAACAACAUUGCCACAGGCCUAGUUUUCAUAAUCGUCAUUGUGAAUAUUUUCAUCACAGCAUUUGGAGUACAGCGGCCUCAAUCUCACCAAACAGUUCCACAGCACCUUUAGCAACAUGUAAAAUAAGCUCAUAAUGAACGACAGCCUGAACUACAAAGGAAACUGGAGAUCACAUGCAUCACUGGCACAGUUACAAUGUUAACAAGAUAGCUUUUAGAAGGCAGGCCUCCUCAUAAAAUGGCUCUCUUAACAUGUGACUCUCUGCUUGGAACAAAGCUGCCUUAAUACAAUUGAUGAACAAUAUUGUGCAUAUCUGGAAUAGGUGGCACAUCUAAAUUCAGCAAAAAAUGUAAUUGUUUUAUUGCAAAUGUUAAAAAUUAUAAAGAGAAACAAAUGCACCUUAAUAAGCAGAUAAAUUAUUUUGAAAUUAGAGCUUAGAAAUACAAAAGCAGUUAUGAAAUAGACCAGAAAUGAUUAUUUAAUAAUUCGAUCAACUGACCAAAAUAUGGGCCAUUUCAGUAUAAACAAGUAAACCUAACACCAGAUUGUUGCUACAAGAUUAAAAGAAUAAGAAUGGAUUGUUUCUAUUUAACACAGAGCACACUUGGGGCAUGCCUGCUUAAAGUGCAAUUGCACAACCUGCAUGCUUUUAAAACUGUUCUGUAAUAUAAAACAUUUGAAAUGUUGUAUUUUAGAAAUUUAAGCCCUUUUGGAAAUGGGAUAAAAUGUUUUUUUUCAGAGCAAUGUUGCUACAUUUGUUCUCUAAAAUAUAGCUGUGCUUUUUUAUCAUGCUCGUUGUGUGUAACCUUGCACCCUUUACAUAUCUCUGAAAUUCAACCAUAAAUCUCUGGAUUCCCUGAUCUCUUCUUUUGCUGUUAUCAUCAUGUUUUGAGGGUUUUGUUUGAAUUUAAUCCUCAAUUUGUUUCUUCCUCUGCAUUGUACCUUUUAAGUUUCAUUUUGCUUCUUUUCCCCAUUUUACAUUCUUACCCCUGUGUAUAUUUGCUUAUAUUUUUUGUUCAGGUUAAAUUUCCUCCUGCUCUGGU